AUGGCGGACGACAACCCAUACGGCGAAUACCAUAGGCGUCCUUCCUUCAUCAAAGUGUUUUCCGGCUCUCGCAACAAAGAGGAAUUGCGUUUACCUCCACAAUGGGUUGCGGAAUAUGGUACUGACUUGCCGGUCGACUGUCAGCUCGUCAUGCCAAAUGGAAACCGCUGGCAAGUCCGCCUGAUUCAAAUAGCCAGUGGAUGCCACUUUUGCGUUGGAUGGUCGGAAUUCCGGCUGUCCAAUAAUAUUUCACAUGGUGAGAAACUAACAUUCACCCUAGUCGACGUGGGCAUUUUCCACAACAUAGUCGUUCGCCCAGCCCGUACUAAUAUUUGUGAACUAGGGUUGACAGAAGAGGAAGAGGACAAUGAAGUGUACGCCCCUGACAUUGAAUCGUCGGACGAUAAUCCUCCAUCCGGCAUAGAAUCGGAUACAACCGACGACAGUGAUUACGACGCUGAUACGGGUGCGCUUGCGGAUGACGAGUAUCCCACGUGGACGUUGAAACUUACCAAGUCAAAUACAAAGCGAACUAUAGAAAUACCCAAUGCGUUUUGGCAACUCCAUCUGGCCGCAGCCCCUCAACAAAAUGUCGUCCAUCUUCUUGUUGCCGGGCAAACAUGGCGGCUCAUAAUAAAGCAUAGCUCGGGCAAGAUCUGGGUCAAGCAUGGUUGGCGCCGUUUCAAAGAUGCAAACGCUUUGUUCCCGGGUGUUCGUUGCCACUUUAAGCUCGUCGAUGCUCGAGACAUCCAGUUCUAUGUAUGGUUUGAUCGACCGUAA